AUGGACCCCGCCGAGGAGGAGGAGGGCAGGGAGAAGCCCCCCGUGAUCUACACCAUGGAGAACAAGCCCAUCGUGACCUGUGCUGGAGAUCAGAAUUUAUUUACUUCCUUGUAUCCUACACUUUCUCAGCAGCUUCCUAGAGAACCCAUGGAAUGGAGGAGGUCCUACGGCCGUGCUCCGAAGAUGAUUCACCUGGAAUCCAACUUUGUUCAGUUUAAAGAGGAGCUACUACCCAAAGAGGGGAAUAAGGCCCUUUUGACUUUUCCCUUUCUUCAUAUUUAUUGGACAGAAUGUUGUGACACGGAAGUGUACAAAACCACAGUCAAGGAUGACAUCACCAAGUGGCAGAAUGUUCUCAAAGCUCACAGCUCAGUGGACUGGCUGAUUGUGGUGGUUGAGAGUGAUGCCAAGAAAAAGAACAAAACCAAUAUCCUUCCCAGAACCUCUAUAGUAGAUAAAAUAAGGAAUGACUUCUGUAACAAGCAAAGUGACAGAUGUGUGGUACUUUCUGACCCUUUGAAAGACUCUUCCCGUUCUCAGGAAUCUUGGAAUGCCUUCCUGACCAAACUCAGGACAUUGCUUCUCAUGUCAUUUACCAAAAACUUAGGCAAGUUUGAAGAUGACAUGAGAACUCUGAGGGAGAAAAGGACUGAGCCAGGGUGGAGCUUCUGCGAGUAUUUCAUGGUGCAGGAAGAGCUGGCCUUUGUCUUUGAGAUGCUGCAGCAGUUUGAGGAUGCCCUGGUGCAGUAUGAUGAGCUGGAUGCCUUGUUCUCUCAGUACGUUGUCAACUUUGGGGCUGGUGAUGGUGCAAACUGGCUGACGUUUUUUUGCCAGCCAGUGAGGAGCUGGAAUGGUUUAAUUCUGCGGAAACCAAUAGACAUGGAGAAGAGAGAGCUGAUUCAGAACCAAGAAGCGACGCUGCUGGACCUGCGCAGUUACCUGUUCUCUCGGCAGUGCACGCUGCUGAUCUUCCUGCAGAGGCCGUGGGAGGUUUCCCAGCGAGCACUGGAGCUUCUUCACAACUGUGUGCAGGAACUCAAGCUGUUGGAAGUCUCAGUUCCUCCAGGAGCUUUGGAUUGCUGGGUGUUUUUGAGUUGCUUGGAAGUCUUGCAAAGAAUAGAAGGCUGCUGUGAUAGGGCACAAAUAGAAGCAAAUGUUUCCCACACAGUUGGCCUGUGGAGCUAUGCCACAGAGAAGUUAAAAUCUCUGGGUUACCUGUGUGGACUUGUGUCAGAGAAGGGACCCAAUUCAGAAGACCUUAACAGGACUGUGGAUCUGUUAGCAGGGCUGGGAGCAGAACGCCCUGAAACAGCCAAUGCAUCACAGAGCCCUUACAAGAAACUCAAAGAGGCCUUAUCAUCUGUAGAAGCUUUUGAAAAACACUACUUAGAUCUGUCCCAUGCCACCAUUGAAAUGUACACAAAUAUUGGAAGAAUUCGCUCAGCUAAGCUUGUGGGAAAGGACUUGGCAGAGUUUUAUAUGAGGAAGAAAGGACCCCAGAAGGCAGAGGUGUAUCUUCAAGGAGCACUGAAAACCUACCUUGCUGAGGGCUGGGCACUGCUGGUCACACACACCAGGAAGCAGCUGGCUGAGUGUCAGAAGCAGCUUGGGCAGAUAGAAAAUUAUCUCCAAACAAGCAGCCUUUUAGCUGGUGAUAAUCACUUAACAGAAGAGGAACGUAAAAGAUUUUGCCAAGAAAUACUGGAUUUUACCAAUCAGCAAGCAGAGAACCAAGGUCAAAAGGUUAUAUUGCCUAUGCACUCCUUUGCCCAGCUGAAAACUCUGCAUUUUGACCCUCCAAAUGCUGUUGUCCACGUGGGUGGAAAGUUGUCCAUCGAGUUGACUUUGCUGAGCCAAAUGCCCAUCCCUGUCCAGGUGGACCAGGUUGCCAUCCACGUUCACUUCAGCAUUGAGAAGAACAGCUACAGGAAAACAGCCGAGUGGCUCACCAAGCACAAAACUUCCAACGGUGUCAUCAGCUUCCCAAGUGAAGUUGCAGGCUUGCCUUUGUCAAAAAACAACGUGCCAGCUCUGGAGCUGUCAGAAAUGUACGAGCGGAGCCCCUCGGACAACUCCUUGAACACAGCAGGGAUCAUCUGCAAAAACGCGCACAUGCUGCUGCGGAGGCGGGAGAGCAGCAGCUCCCUGGACGUGCCCUCAGGGCUUACUUUGGAAGAUGGGGCUCACGUGUUGAAGUGCAACAGCUUGACUCUGGAACCAGGGGACAAUAAAAUAACGUUCAGUAUUCAGGCCAAAGAACCUGGGACAUACACACUGAGGCAGCUGUGCACUUCAGUGGGAAAGGUGCAGUUUGUCCUUCUUCACAUCUACCCCAUCGUGCAGUACGACGUGUACUCCCAGGAGCCCCAGCUCAAAGUGGAGCCCAUGACUGAAAGCCUUUUGGCUGGCAUUCCCCAGAAGGUGAAGUUCACAGUGACCACUGGUCACUACACCUUGAAGAGUGGGGACGCUCUGCAGCUCAGCAACACGGAUGCCAUGCCCAUCCUGUACCACCCCGAGAGCAAGGCUGUCAUCUACUCCAACACCAGGGAAAAGAUCUCAGAGUCAUCAUUAAGGGUUCAGUCUUCUGAGAAGAUCACAAGCAUCAGCUUGCCAGUGGCUCCUGCUUAUCAUGUGAUUGAAUUUGAACUAGAAGUCAUGUAUUUGCCAUCGGCCACGGAAUCUGCAGUGGAGAAGGAAAAUACUAUAAAUAAAGAAAAUCACAGAAAAAACAAAGAGAAGCAGAAACAGGACAACUGCAUGGCUACUGUUGACCAAAAAGUGACCAUUGAUUGUCCUUGGUCGAUUUACUCCACUAUUAUUGCAUUAACAUUCUGCAUACCCUUUAAUGCCAAGCAUUCCUUGUUGUCAGCUGGCAAACGGAAAUAUGUGCAAGUCUGCGUACAGAAUUUGUCAGAACUCUGUUUCCAGCUUUCAGACUACAGCCUAAAAAAUUCUGCUGAGUGUACAGAUUUGCAGCUGGUACCUCUCAACCCUGCAUCUCAACAGGUCGUGUACAGUAAGCAAUCAAUAUUCUUUGUAUGGGAAUUGAAGUGGACAAAAGAGCUUCCUCUCUCCUUGCAGUGCCUGUUUUCAGUCAGCUUUUGUCCAGCUACCUCUGAAGAACAGUCUCUUACCUUGAAGCCGUUCACUUAUGAAUUCCAAGUGGAAAAUUUUUUUACAUUGUACCAUGUGAAAACUGAAAUCUUCCCACCCUUGGAUGCAGAGUACUGUAAAACAGGCUCACUCUGCUCCUUAGAGGUGUCCAUCACCCGGCUUGUUGAGCUCUCCGAGGUUGAUAGAGAUGAAGCAUUAACAGAAUCAGAUGGAUAUUGCACAACAAAACUUAUGUAUGAAGUUGUUGACAACAGUAGUAACUGGGCAGUGUGUGGAAAAAGCUCUGGAGUGAUUUCUAUGCCUGUAGCACCUCGAGCAAUUCACAAAGUCCACAUGGAAGUGAUGCCACUGUUUGCUGGGUACCUGCCUUUCCCUGAUGUCAGAUUGUUUAAAUACCUCCCUCACCAUUCUGCUCACUCCAUGCAGCUUGAUGCUGACAGCUGGAUUGAAAAUGAUAACCUGUCUGUGGACAAGAAUGUGGAUGAGCAGGCUGACAGCAGCAGCAUCAGGAGCAGGGGGAGCCUGCAUUCCACAGCCAGCGGGGAGCACAAGGGUCUGCCCAUGCCCCGGCUCCAGCCCUUCUCCCCAGGCCAGGUCUUCAACAGCAGCACAGGGAUGCAAAUCCUUGUCAUUCCCAGCAAGGACGACCACGUUCUGGAGGUCAAUGUCACGUGACAGCUCGGAGUGGAGACCAGGAACCCGUUAGGAACUGGAUAUGAAAGCACUUUAUGGGAUAAUGACCUGCUCAGUCUUCAUCGCAACAUGAACUCCAAGGAGACCCGUGGCACUCAGCGUGUACUGGCCAUGGAAGCACCACACAAUUGUAUCAAUUUCAGUGUACAGUGAGGCUUGUGUCAGCUAGUUUAUAUUGCCACUUUAGUAUGUUUUGUGUCAGCUAUUGGGUUUUUUCCCUGCAGUCACAUCCCUGCAUCACAACAACCAACACAGGGCAACAAAAAGCAAAAAAUCCAAAUCUUUGGACCACUUCUUGAUUUUUGUCAGGCAGCUGAAAAAUUUGUUUCAUGCUUCUUACAUAUUUUAGAAUGUAGAGUUGGAUGAUGUAAUUAUCCAAGUCUUGAAUUUUUUAUGUAAUAAUUUACAGGCUUUUCCACACAUGUGCCAGAAACAUAACAGAGCAUACAAGACGACAUUCACUGGCGUAACAGUUGCUUUUCUGGUUUGGUUUUGUUUGUUAGUUUGAUCAUUGUUAAUUCCUGCCAUUGCAAUUUUAUAUUAAACUUCCAUCAUUUGCAUACUUAGAUGCAUGGAAGAGCUACUGCUAUAAACAAUCUUAACUGAACAAAAUUCCUUAAUUUUCUGAGGCUUUCUCCUUCACAGAGUAGACACUGUGAUGUCACAUAUUAUGAUUUUUUUUUUUUUUUUGGGAUGGGCUUUGGGUUAUCUUCUUGCAUAUUUCUUACCAAAGAAAGAUACUGAUAGAAUUUAAUAAUAAAUUAUUUGGCUUAUU